AUGUGGUGGCCCGGUAUAGAUCGCGACAUCGAACAGCUGAUCGGCGCGUGCGCAGUGUGCAGCGUGCUGCGCGCCGCGCCCGCUCGCGCGCCGCCCGCCAGCUGGAGCCAGCCGCCGGGCCCGUGGCACCGCAUUCACAUUGACUACAUGUUUGUAGCUCAAAGAACGUAUUUGAUUGUGGUAGACGCUUUUAGCAAAUGGAGCUAUUUGUUCGAAUAUCGUACUACAGUGCACAGUACAACGAAAGAAACUCCAGCCAAGCUAAUGUUUGGCCGUGAGUUGCGUUCGAGAUUAGACCUCAUAGUACCGCCGCGAGGCAAAACAGCUGACGCGGUGCAUUCCUCGCAGCCGGUCCAGCCCGUGUGGAGAGGGGAGGCAGUGAGACUGGACACGGUGAAAUGCGGCGUGGACAAUGCAGAGACGGUAGAAGGCGCGGUGCCUAACCACCAGUACCCCUGGCUAGGCGUGUUAUUCUACAUGCUGCACGGCGAGCUAGGCGAGACGCGCUCGGUGACGACGGUGGUGCUCAUACACACGGAAUUCGUUAUCGCUAACUCAGCCGACAUCGGCCCCAUGCCCAAGCGGUCCUUCCGAGACAAGGCGCGCGUGCUGCUGGGCGAGGGCUGGGAGCGCGAGGGGCGGCGUGUGCGCAACUAUGUCGUGCACCCCGAAUACGGCGAGACCAUCAACAGUAUCGCUAUAGUACAUCUACGGCAACCCGUGCGAAACCAUUUAGACACACUGCAAAAGCGCGUGUUGCCGGUUACUGAAGUACCCGCUGCUAUGUGCCGUGAGUUCUACAUCGAAAAAAGCUUGUACGAGGCGAAAAGACGGCCAUCAUUCGUGAAAUGUACGGUGUCACUGGCGGAGCGUGCGCCCUGCGUGUGGGGUGCGGGUGCGGCGUUAGUCACGCGCGACGUGUGGGGUCGCUGGCAAUUGCUAGGGCUAAGCGUGUAUGGACCAGGCUGCGGCGCGCCGGCGCGCUACCUCGACAUGUUGCGCUACUACCCCUGGAUCGAGGACUCCCUCGACAAGUUCCAGCGUAUCACCAUCUCGGAGAUCAACCAGCACAAAUACGUAUUGCGCAGUGGCGUUGCAUUCGGCACGCUGAUGCGUUUCGGAGAAUGUGAUAACUACGAGAUGCAGAACCUUAUCUAUCGUGACUACGUCAGAGUGACCACAGACAACAACAAUGUUAAACUCACAACAUACAACAUGAGCAUAUUUGACACGGUACAGUACACAUGCGUGGUGUUCGAGCUGAAGCACGCGUCGGCGUCCGCAGCGUUGAGCGUGCGCCAUUUUUGUCCGCGCCGUAUCGGCGGACCCGCCUGCUACGCUUACAAGGGUACCCGGUUCGACAUAUCGGUGGAAAUGACGUAUACGGAGGCGUGUGCCUUGGAUGUACGCGCGUAUGGCCUCCACGUCAACAUAUCGUUACUCGACAUCGAACAGUGGAGGUGGGAGGAAGGCACAUAUUACGAGGACUUCAGACUGACUCCGGUGGAGUACCGGGGGCCUUCGCACAUGACGCAGUACGGCUUCGAGCCGUUAGACGAGAAGAUGUGGGUUCCAGACUACUACUAUUGGUCUACUACGCCACUAUCAUUCGAUUUACAAACUUAUACGCCUCGGUACACUCAAACGGCUGAUGGUAAGCGCUAG